AUGUCCAGUGAAAAUUCCACAUCAUCUACAUCUAGCGCCACAAGUGGCACAUCCUACAUAAUUACCACAUCUGAACCUGUAACACAGACAUCUACCACACCAAGUUGGACGUCGGACAAAAGUGCCAUAACAAAUCCAGGCGCGGAAACAACUGGCGCUUCAAGUGGGACGUCUAACACUAGUCCGACAACAAAUUCCGGCACACAGGCGACUAGCGACAUAGGUGGGACGUCUGACACAGGUACCACUACUGGACCUACAACACAAACAUCUAGCGCUUCAGGUGGGACGUCUGACACAGGUACCACCAUUGAACCCGCAACACAAACAUCUAGCGCAUCAAGUGGGACGUCUAACACAGGUGCCACUACUGGACCUGCAACAGAAUCAUCUAGCGCUUCAGGUGGGACGUCUGACACAGGUACCAUAACAAAUCCAGGCUCACAGACAUCCAGCGUAACAAGUGGGACGUCUGACACCAGUCCGACAACAGAUCCUGGCACAAAGACGACAAGCGCAUCUGCAAUUUCUAUUGGAACUACGGAAUCGUCAAAUGGGUCAUCCGGUGGUGGCAGGCCGACAUCCAGCUCUUCUGUUGGACCCGAAACGUCAACCAAAAUUGGCUCCCCUCCGACAUCAUCUGGCUGCAACGAUUUCCCACAAGAAACGCGAUCAAGUCCUUAUGCAGUGAAAUUGUUCUUCCGUGGAUUCCACAUCACGAACAUCCCUUGGAACGAAGACUACGCCACGGUUGGGUCCAGAGACUUCAAGGAACUCUGUUGCAAGAUCGAGUAUGGCAUUGUGUCGGCCCUGUCGGGCAGCAGCGAGCGACCCUUCUACCAGAGGACCGUCUGCCUGGCCAACCGCCAGGGGAGCGUCAUCUCCGACUUCAACAUGGAAUUCACCCCAGGCGUGAACCUGGGGAAGGUCCAGGACGACAUCGACGCCAAGGCGCUGAUGCCUGAUGGGACUUACCGCGUCGGGGAGCUGCGAACCGACUACCUUCCCUCCGGGAGACCGAUCACGACGACCAGCACGACCGGGCCUCCCGACAUCGUCAAGGUCCAGUCGGACCGGGAAUCCCGCCUCCUCCUCUUCGUCACCUUGCCCUGCGUCCAAUGGCGCUGCUACUGCUGGUCAUCCUGUGCAGCACGGCAAGAGCAGAUAGUUGCUGCUGCAGCUCCUGCAGCGGAAAGUAAGCAUGACCACCCUGGACCUUGCCUCCUGGACCUCGCUUCUUGGACCUUGCCUCCUGGACCUCGCUUCUUGGACCUUGCCUCCUGGACCUUGCCUCCUGGACCUCGCUUCUUGGACCUAGCCUCCUGGACCUUGCCUCCUGGACCUCGCCUCUUGGACCAUGCCUCCUUACGUCUUCUUGCCGUCUUUCUAACAGGAACUCGGCCAGAUGAAGCUCGUAAUUUUCUCUUCUGUCUCUGGAUCCCUCGGGUUGCAUCGACGCCGUGUGGGAACGCAAACGACACCGAACGACAUGAAAAGAGCGACCCGAUCGACUCACGGACAGAAGAGGAAAAAGGAACUAAAAUAAAGUUUUAA